AUGCUUUGUGCCAUCUCCGGCGAGGCCCCUCAAGUGCCCGUCGUCUCUCCCAAGAGCGGCAGUGUGUUCGAGAAGCGUCUCGUUGAGGCCUACAUUGCCGAACAUGGCAAAGACCCCGUGAACGGCGAAGAGCUCACCGCCGACGAUCUGAUCGAUGUCAAGUCACAGCGCGUUGUCCGGCCCCGGCCUCCUACCCUCACUUCCAUCCCUUCCCUUUUGAGCGUAUUCCAGGAGGAAUGGGACGCUUUGGCUCUCGAAACAUAUACACUGCAGCAGAAUCUGGCACAGACGAGGCGCGAGCUGAGUUCGGCCCUCUACCAGCAUGACGCCGCGGUGCGAGUGAUUGCGCGACUGACGCAAGAGAGAGAUGAAGCUCGGGAUGCACUGUCCAAGGUCACUGUGGGCGCUACUCGCACUGCCGCUGCGGGCGGCGGCGAGGCGAUGCAAGUGGACUCCGCGGGCUUGCCCCAGCAAGUAUUGGAGCGGGUUGAGAACAUACAGGCAGCACUCUCAAAGACCCGCCGCAAGCGCCCGGUCCCCGAAGGCUGGACCACGAGCGACGCCAUCUCCGCAUUCAAACCCAUUGAGACCUCCGAACCCCUCUACCCUGGUGGACGUGCCCUGUCUGUAAACUCGAGUGGCGAGCUUGCUCUUGUGGGUGGUUUGGAUGGUGUGGUCGGGGUCUAUUCUCUCCCCCAGAAAGCCGUUGUACAGACUUUGAAAGCCGACGGCCCGGUCACCGAUGCGACCUGGGCAGGUAACAAGGCCGUUGUUGGUUCAUCCACGGGAACAGUCAAGGUUUUCGAGAAUGCCAGUGAAGUCGCAAGCUUCAGUUCUCAUGCCGGCGAGGUGACUGCCCUCGCUGUACAUGCUACGGGUGACAUUGUUGCCUCAGUCGGUGUCGACAAGAGCUACGUCCUCUAUGAUCUGUCGACGAAUGCCGCAAUCACUCAGAUUUUCACUGAUGCAGCCUUGUUGUCGGUCAACUUCCACCCUGACGGUCACCUAGUUGCAGCUGGUGGUGCAGAUGGCCAAGUCAAGAUCUUUGAUGUCAAGACUGGUGCCGCCGCUGCAGACUACGCGAUGUCUGGCCCAGUCAAGUGCUUGUUCUUCUCCGAGAAUGGUACCUUCUUGGCUGCAGUGGCCGGCAAUUCCACCACUGUCUCCAUUUGGGAUCUGCGCAGCUCCAAGGAAACCAAGGUGCUGGACACGGGCAGCCAAAUCAACUCGAUUUUCUGGGACUACACCGGACAAUUCCUCUUGACUGGUGGCCCUAGUGGAUUGACUGUUCAGCAAUUUUCCAAGACAUCCAAGGAAUGGUCGGAACCCUUGCGCAGUGCUGUUCCAGCACGUACUGUGGCAUGGGGAUCAGCCGCUCAGAGCAUUGUGGCAUUGAAUGAGGAGGGUGUUGUCACAGUGCUGGCGGCACAGUCAUGA